CCAGUGACAUCUGAUGUCCCAGCAAACGGCAUUGCCCACUACGAUGCUGAAAAACUACUCCUGAGGUCCCAGCAGCGACACGGCUAACAUAGAUUUGGUUCGCACUCUGCUGGGUAGACCCUGAGCAGGAGUGAUGCCUCCAGGCAGGUGGUAUGCUGUCCAUCCAGCUCAGGCCCAGGCUUCAAGGGAACGAGGGCGUCUUCAGAUGGUAAAGAAGGAAGAAGAGGAUGAAGGCUACACUUCAGUGCAGGCUGCCAGGCCACAGACACUCAACCGUUCUGGCCAGGAACUGUUUCGCCAGCUCUUCAGGCAGCUUCGUUACCAUGAAUCUUCUGGGCCCCUAGAGACUUUCAGCAGGCUCCGGGAGCUCUGCCGCUGGUGGCUGAGGCCUGACAUUCUCUCCAAGGCCCAGAUCCUGGAGCUGCUGGUGCUGGAGCAGUUCCUGAGCAUCCUGCCUGGGGAGCUCCGGACCUGGGUACAGCUGCAUCACCCUGAGAGUGGUGGGGAGGCUGUGGCCCUGCUGGAAGAGCUGCAGAGGGACCUCAAUGGGACACCAUGGAGGGACCCAGCCCUUGCCCAGAGCCCAGAUGUACGUUGGAUGGGUACAGGAGCCCUGCGAGCCUCACAGAUAUGGCCCCCUGCUUCACCUCUCAGGAGCGGCUCUACUCUUGGGGACCACCUGGAGCCUCCCUGUGAAAUAGGAGUGUGUGACCUCCUGGCUGGGCAAUCCGGUACUCGCCAUCUAGCUCUAAGCUGUAUCCCACACAUCCCAAAGUAGUGUUGUCAUUUUACCAUCUGUCCUCUCAUGAGAAUCCCUUUCAAUCUUGGUGCUUAGCCCUGUGUCCUUUCUACCCUUCUGUAACCCAUGUCUCCCUAGCUCCUCCUCCCCUUGCACCCCCCCACUCCCACUCCCCAGCCCUCAGCGGACACUGGGGAAAUGUGAAAUGGGUGUUUAACAAUAUUCCAUACCUGCUUGUAGGCCCAGGAGUCCUCUAUGUGGGGGAAGAGUGGGCCUCCUCAGUGGGGUGCCAAGAGCUGGGCUACCUUCUCUCAUGGCUCUUUCUUCUCCUUCAGAGCCUCCUGUUGCCCAGCUGCCUGCCCUUUCCCAGAGAGAGGUGUGUCCAGGAGACCCAUUGACAUCCCAGCCUCGGGAGGCUGUGACUUUCAAGGAUGUGGAAGUGACAUUCUCCCAGGAUGAGUGGGGAUGGCUGGACCCUGCUCAGAGGAACUUGUACAGAGAUGUGAUGCUGGAGAAUUAUGGGAACGUGGUUUCUCUAGUGGGACCAUUCACCAAACCUGUUCUGAUUUCCUGGUUGGAAGCAAGGGAGCCAUGGGGCCUGAAUGUCCAGGGAGCUCAGCCUAAGGGGAAGCCAGGUGUUGCCCCUGCAGGAGGUGAGCUCCAGAUUAAAACAAACAAGUUCGUCUUAAAACAUGAACCUUUGGAAGAAGCAGAAACCUUAGCUGUGCCAUCAGAAUGUUGGAUGAUGAGUGUUUCUGAGGGAAUGGGGCUCAGAGAAUCUUUUGAACAGAAGAGCAGGCUAAAGGAACAAUUUAGAAGUCCCAUACAAGUAAGAGUUAAGAAAGAAGAGACCAAUUUCAGUCAUAGGACAGAAAAAGAAUCUGAAGAAUCAGGAAGAAGUACUAGUCGUAAUUUAAAACAUGCCACAUAUUUGAGAGUUCCCAGAAGAAAGCGAUCCCUUAAACAUGGCUGUGGCAGACACUUCCGAGGGAGUUCAUACCACUAUGACUACAAGGAAUAUGGGAAAGGGCUCAGGCGCAUAGUUGGCGGAUUUAGCCUACAUCAGAGAAUUCAUGCUGGACUAAAAGCAAAUGCGAAGGAUGCACGUGGGAAAGAAUUCAGCCUUAGCUCACAUCACCAACAUGGGCAGAAUCUUCACAUGGUGGGGACGUCAUAUAAGUGCAGUGACUGUGGGAGGACCUUCAGUCAUAGCUCUCAUCUUGCAUGUCAUCAGAGACUUCACACUCAAGAGAAACCAUUUAAAUGCAGGGUGUGUGGGAAAGCCUUCAGGUGGAGCUCAAACUGUGUGCGACACGAAAAGAUUCACACAGGAGUGAAACCUUAUAAGUGUAGUUUAUGUGACAAGGCUUUCCGACGUAUGUCUGCCUACCGUCUACACCAGGAAACCCAUGCUAAGCAGAAAUUUCUUGAGUCUAAUCAGUAUGAGGAAGCUCUCACCUAUGGCUCAGGAUUUGAUCAUCAUUUGAGAGACCAAAGUGGGGAGAAACCCUUUGACUGCAGCCAGUGUAGGAAAUCCUUCCACUGUAAAUCAUAUGUUGUUGAACAUCAGAGGGUCCACACUCAGGAGAAACCUUAUAAAUGUACCAAAUGUAGGAAAACCUUUAGGUGGAGAUCAAACUUUACUCGUCAUAUGAGAAUGCACCAGGAAGAAAAGUUCUAUGAUCAAGACACAUGUAGAGAAGACUUCAGACAGACCUCCAGCUGCAGUCAGCUCCAGAAUGCCCUGGCUACAGAGAAAGCUUUUCCUUGUCAGCAGUGUGGGAAAACUUUUACUCGAAAGAAAUCCCUCAUUGAUCAUCAGAGAAUUCACACGGGUGAGAAGCCAUACAGAUGUAGUGAAUGCAAAAAAGAGUUUACCCAUCGGUCAGCCUUUAUUGCUCAUAAGAAACAGCAUGCCAUUCAGAGAAAACCUGAGGAUGGGCCAUCGUUUAGUCAGGACAGAGUUCUACAAGUUCCUCAGAGCAGUCAUACCACAGAGGAAGCCUACAAAUGUAGCCAGUGUGGCAAAGCCUUCCGUAAUCACUCAUUCCUCCUCAUCCAUCAGAGAAUUCAUACCAGAGAGAAGCCUUAUAAGUGCAGAGAAUGUGGGAAAGCUUUCAGAUGGAGUUCUAACCUCUCCCGUCAUCAGAGGAUUCACUCUUUAGAAAAACAGUAUGAGUACCGUGCAAGUGGAAACACGCCAAAUCUGCAGCCACAAAUCCUCACUGGUGAGAAACCUUUUUGGUGCCAAGAAUGUGGGAAAACUUUUACACGUAAAAGAAGUCUUUUAGAUCAUAAGGGAAUACACAGUGGAGAGAAGCGCUAUAAGUGUAAUCUGUGUGGGAAAUCUUAUGAUAGAAAACAUCGCCUUGUUAAUCAUCAGAGAAUCCACACUAAAGAGAGACCUUUUAAAUGUCAAUGGUGUGGGAAAGAUUUCAUUGGAAGACAUACCCUCUGCAUUCAUCAGAGAAAACACACCAGAGUGGCACAGUCUGAAUGCAGCCUGGCUGGGUUGUCUUCCUGCCAGGACACAGGGGUGAGUUUACAGGAAUUAAAACCAAGUGGGGAGAAGCCCCUUGAAGAUUCUGAGGAAGCUUGUGACCAGAGCUCCAGGAUCACUGGACUCCAGAACAUACCCAUUGGGAAAAAGUGCCACAAGUGUAGCACUUGUGGGAAAACUUUUAACAAAAGCUCACAGCUCAUUAGCCACAAGAGAUUUCAUACUCGAGAGAGGCCCUUCAAAUGCAGAGAGUGUGGGAAGACCUUCAGGUGGUCUUCAAAUUUGGCUCGGCAUAUGAAAAACCAUACUAGAGAUUAGCUUGGGGUCUGACAAUGGGGGGAGAGGGGUUCCUAGCAGCCCUGCAAGAGAACCCUUAAUUAUAGGCAGUAUGGGGGAAAGCUUCACAAAGGGUCUAGCCCUUUCUGUUUUCGAAUCUGGUGGCAGAGAAUCCUGAGGAUUCAAAAACUCAGGGCAUCCCCUUUCUUACCUGCUGGGGAGUGUGAUGCUGGGGAAGAACAGCAACCUGUUCUUUGGGGCCCUUCUGGAGGCUUGGGCCCCUGAAGUGGCCUUUGCACAGUGGCCUGGAGCCCCCAGCCAGAUAAUAAGUCGAAAAGCAGAUACUAUUGCCCUUUGUAGUUUGACAAAAUGUCUGUGAUGUAAUGGGCUGUGGCUGCUGGGAAGGGGCCAGUUGAAUCCUGUGGUAGUGCAUAUUCUGUUUGACCUUAUAAGCAGCAGCAAUAGCAGCAAGAACUUCUAGUCUCCCCUAGAUGCCUCCUGGGAGUUCUGGCUGCAGCUUUGGCCUUCAUAUCUUGCUUGGACAUCUGCCGUGGGCAUACAGUUGUCUCAGCAGCACAUGGAGGAGAGCAGAGUUGGACUCAGUCACCUGAAGAAUGGGGCUCUUCCAGUGCCCUGUCGCUGUCUCCACCCCACAGUCUGCAUGGGCAACAGCAGGCCGUCUGUUCAACAGAAAUGUGCUGAGCACCUCCCAUAUGCCAGACACUUGUGUGUGCUAGAGACCCAGCAGUGACCAGAACAGACAAAAGAUCUGCCAUCUUGGAUC